GUUGAGACAUUUCAGUCUGGACAAACAUAGUGGAUCAACAUUGUCAUUCUUAAACAAAAACGUUAGGAAAGCCCUGUUAACUGGUAAGGGUACAAAUGGUUAUUAAACAGCUGAAAGCCACCCAAGCCUAAACAUGUAGUGGUACAUUAAAGAGGCGUUCCAGCCAUGACAGUGAAGUGGCUGCAGAAGUAAUGUUGCAGUAGUAUUAACAAAGCGUAGCAGCAACAGGUAGGCCUAAAUUCCCGACAGCACAUGAACGCAUCACGCACCGGUGCAGCUGGAUACUUCGUGUUACCUCAGAGAAAACAGUGAUAACAAUGAGAUAGCAUUAAUCUGACACACAGGUUGCACCUGCACAGCCACGCGGAUUAAAAGGAUUAACAGUCGAUGACAGCAGGAUUUGGUUUGAACCUGGACCCAGUCUGAACAAAGUUUAGAGUCACUGUUGCUCGAGCAAACAGCUGUUUCAACGUCCACCAUACAAGCUAGACGAACUGGGCGAAACCGCGACCCCAACCGUGGUCCUGAAUGUCAAAACUACCAGGAAAUGCAGGUGUGUCGGUGCUCGGGGACAAGUCGCUGGAGUUUUACCGGGACCCGGUAAGCUUCUACCGUGAGCGUAUCGAGAAACACCGGAGCAGAGUGUUUCAGUGCCGCCUGCUGAACAGACCGACCACCUUCAUCUGCUCCGUGCAGGCAAUGAGAGAGCUGCUGUGUGAGAAGUCCAACGUGUUUCAGAAGGAUCCGACUGACUUGAUGACCAACAUGUUCGGUGACACCAUCGUCACCACUAAUGGUGAAGAGGCGUGUCUUCUCCGUCUGUCCCUCACCAGCCUCUUUUCAGGAAGUUGUUUGGAAUCGUCAAGUGAUUAUAUCACCAGUGUAUGUGUUCGCUGUCUGAAGGAGCUCUCUCUCAGUAGGCAGCCAGAGUGUGUCUACUCUGUCUUUAAGCGCCUGGGGACGGAGUUGGUUUUGGGCCUUUUUCUGAACGUACGAGCGGAGGAGCAGCCUGAACUGUUCCAGGAAAUCACGCAACUCUGCACCCAGCACUGGCAUGGCCUGAUCUCUGCUCCAGUCAACGUGAAGGUUCCUCUGUGGUCAUCGGGUUUCUCCACAGCUCUGGAAGCCAGAGACAAACUAAUGGACAUCAUCAAAGACAAACUGGAGAAUGACACACAGGGUUUUGUGGGCACUCUCAGGUCUUUGCCGCUGCCCGACUCCAGUUGUGCCUCCCAGCAUCUCCUGCUGUUUAUCUCGGCUCUGAUCCCCAAAGCUCUGGCGUCGCUGCUCACCUCCUUCACACUGGCACUCAGUGGAAACGAACAGGAGGAGAAACGCAGACGAGCGAUAGAAGACCCUGAUUACCUGCACAGGAUACUGCUGGAGGUGCAGAGACUCUGGCCUCCUUUCAUUGGUGGACGCAGAAUAGCUGAUAAGGACUCCACUCUCGGAGGGUUUCAUGUUCCAAAGGGUUAUGGUGCGAUCUAUAUCAGCCACGCCGUCCACCGUGACCCAGAGGUGUUCCAGCAGCCGGACAACUUCCUACCAGAGAGGUGGAGCGGAAGGAAUGCAGGCCAGGAGCACUUCCUGUGUUCCUUCGGCAGCGGGCCCAGGAGCUGUAUUGGAUCUAAACUUAACGAUGUCUUCCUUAAGGAAGCGUGCGUGUACCUGUUAAAGCACUACGACUGGUGUUUGGACCCUCCAUCACAGGACCUUGAGUACAAAUGGCUGCCUGUGUCUCGCCCCACCAAUCCCCCCACCAUGUCUUUCACUCGACUGGAUCAGACCAGAUCUGACAAGAACUACACCAGCUAGGGAUACACCGUAUAUUUCGUGAUGCACCAGCUGUUAAAUUGAAGGAAAAAAAACAAAAAAACACAGUAAAAGCCAGAACAUAUCUGAGGCACUGAGAGGGAAGCCAUCAAACUGUGAGGCUUUCCCCCGCUGCGUAUAAUACAGUAAUCGUCCUGGGGAAAGCCGAGGAGUGUGCUGGUUUCACUCUGUGUGUUCCUGCUCCGGUGUGUUCCUGUGUGUUUCUGCAGCUUCCUUUGAUGAAUCUGCACCAGAAAAUCCAGAACUAAAAAAACAGAAAAAUCAUUUUUUAAUGAGUUAUACAUUAGCUACAGUUUGAAAAGAUCAUGAAACAUUAAACUCUUUGGCUCAUCUAAUUGAAAUAACUUGUCUAAUACAUCAGGCAUUGCUUCAAGGUUGAAUUUGGUUACACCUCACUGUAUUUCUUUCUUUUUGUAUGAUGGUGUUUGUUGUGAGAAGAAAAAUUGAAAUACCUCCAAAAUUGCAACAUUUAUAAGGUAGAAAUUGCAUUUUUCCCUGCACACUGCAGUAUCAGUGUUUAAACCAAAUAGAUCCAAGGGAACACACACGUGCACACACAGAUACAGGGGUAAACCCUCAGAUUCCAUCACUGACUGCAAACCUGUCUGCCCUCCCCCCUCCACCACCUAGCAACCACCACUGCUUAGCAACAGUUCGUCAUACUGACACUGACUUGCCUCCUUUUAGUAUGCAAGUCUCUCUCUCUCUCUCUCUCUUCCUCUCUCUCGCUCUCUCUGUCUCUCUCUCUCUCUCUCUCUCUCAAACACACACACACACACACACACACACACACACACACACACUAACCUGGUUAUUUUUGAAUGCAUUCAGUCGGCAGUGAUACGCACGCCAUCUGAAUCACAUGUAAAUGAUGCCAGAAGGAGUUUCAGAGCACACGUCUACAUUUUAAAUAACUUUGGUAACUUGAAUGAAUUUUAGCACAUGAAUCAUAAACCAAACGAGACUUAUUCUCUACCUCUUACACUGAUAAAAAUUUGUUUUAAUUUAGUAAUAUAAAAGUGUAGUACAUAUCCUGUUAUGUAUGUUUUCAUUUGUCUUUUAUAAUUAUUUAAAUGCUAUAAGUGUUUAAUGUCUUACAUGUGUAAUCUCAUAGUUUGGCAUAUGAGAGUGUAUAAAUUAAUGUUUCUGAGACUGUAUGACAUCUCAACUAUCAUGCUACAUUGUUAUUUUACGAGCCUGUGUGCUACAUUUUAAGUAAAAACUGUUCAAAUUGAA